AUGCUCGCUCAUAGACAGCUGAUUGUGACAUAUGUAUCCUCUUGACGUUUCGUAGAAAAUCAACGGAAUAUUAUUGUCAACAAAGUGCAGUUUUUGUGAGUAAAAUAUAAGUUUUUCUCGAUGGCUAAGCCUUCGCCACUAAAUCCACUUCGCCACAUAAUCGAAAGACAAUACAAAGACAAUGUGUUUAUUAAGAAUAAAAUAUUCAAGGAACGGUUAGCAAAGGCGAGAAAUUUGUAUAGAAAAGAUCUUUUGGCCCAUUAUGGGUGUGUUAACGCCAUCGAAUUUUCAGCCGAGGGAGACCUUCUGGUUUCAGGUGGCGAUGACCGAAGAGUCCUGCUCUGGUCAAUCCCUGCAGCCAUGUACGGCAAAGGAACCCCCGUUGAAAUGGAGACGAAUCACAACAGCAAUAUUUUUUGUCUCGCCUUCAAUUCAGGCAAUACGAAAAUUUUCUCGGGCGGUAACGACGACCAAGUUUUCAUACAUGAUGCUAUAACGGGAAACUUUGUCGGGAAACUGAUGCACCGGAAACCCGUCUACGGGCUAAGCGUGAACCCCCAGAACGAUAACGUUUUAGCAACGGCUGGAGACGACGGCAGGAUUUUGUUGUUCGACGUUCGAGAAUCUCCAAAUUCUGUAGAUGCACUUUGUUUGGCAAAACAAAAGACUGGUUUUCAUUCUGUGAUGUUCAAUCCCGUCAAUCCCAGGUGGUUGACGACGGCGAAUUCGGAGGAAGGGAUUGCUUUGUGGGACUGCCGCAAACCCAAAGAGUUACUUAUACAUUACGACUCAAAUGCGGGCUCCAUUAGCGGAAUAAGUGCUUGUUUUAAUUCGGAUGGUAGCAGAGUCUUGGCACUGAGACGGCGCUUGCCUCCGGUACUUUACGCAACUCAGAAAGAAAACGCCAUCUGUCAGUUCUACCACCCCCAAUAUUACAAUUCGUGCACCAUGAAAACGUGCUGUUUUGCCGGAGACGGGGACGAAUAUGUUCUAAGUGGUUCCGACGAUUUUAAUUUAUACAUGUGGCGAAUGCCACAAAAUGACACUGUUGAGUGGGGCAAAAGCCAUUUGGUUCUGCGAGGACACAGAUCGAUCGUCAAUCAAGUGAGGUAUAACAAAGAGAAUAAUCUUAUAGCGUCGUCAGGUGUCGAAAAGAUGGUCAAGUUGUGGAGCUCUUUGCCAAUAGGGACGUGGAAAGGUUCGUUGCAAAAAGAACACACCGAUGCUUUUCGUUCGGUGUACACACAUGAGGAUUACGUUUAUUUAGUGGGACGCAGUGGAGAGAGAAUUUCGCACGAUUAUAGUGACCAAUCGACUCAGGAAGAUUCGAAAAUGUUGGCAUUUUUUGAUUCGUUGAUUCAAAGAGAGAUCGAAGGCUGGGAAUCUCCCUCGGAGAAUUCCGAUUUUUCAGAUAGUGAUAGCGAUGGCCACGAAAGGAAUGUCCAAAGUCUUUUGACCGAAAUGUUUUGCAACGGCAAAAUAUCAUCCGAGGACACAAAGAAACACAAAUCCAAUCGGAUCGCUCAAUUGAUAGCAAAAAAGCGCAGUCGCCUCGCCAGAAUGGCACAUGAUAAGUCUUCAAGCCAAGUUUUACGGUAUCACUUGAAAGAGAAGAACCGCAAGAAGCGAACCUCGCAGAAGGCGAAAACCUGCUCGAAACUGAAAAAGAACGGCUGCACGAAAAAAUCCCCGCUGUCGAGCCGCCACUCGGACAAGCAGCACAAGUUGGCCCCCGAGCGGCCCAAACUGCGCAAAUACCGCACCCGGCAGAGCCUGCGCGAGAGCUGCGACAGCUCGAACAACUCCUUCGACGCGCCCAGCACCAGCACGGGCAUCACCAGCUCCAGCAACUCGGUGUUCCGCGUCAUCGAGCAGGACUCGGACGAGGAGGCGCCGCCCAGCACCUGCACGGAGCACGGCAGCGCGGAGGAGAGCAACUUCGUCAACAUCCUGCCGACGCCGCUCAACGGCACCCACGACAUGUACAUAAACGUGCUGGAGAUGAGCAGCGCCAGCGUGGUGACGGUGCGCAACGAGGAGCCGCCGGCGUCCACGUCGGCGGCGGCGUGCAGUGCGUUCCCGCCGUACGACACGGAGAGUGACUCUGACUUCGAGUUCGAUUACCGCACGCCGGUGAAGAGGCGGCGAGUGAGCGCGUCGGACAGCGGGUGCGGGACGGGACCGUGCUCCAGCACCAGCCCCUACCCGCGCAGGGGCUCGCGAAACCACCAAGAGUGUUCUAGUAAUGAUUUGUACAAUAACGAACGCGACUCCGAGGAUGAGUUCAACUACGAAAAGUUCAAGAAGCGCGUCAGUAAAGCGCGGAUUAAUAUUAGGAAACAGAUCGGGGGCGAGUCGGAUUCGAAUUAAGUGCAGUUUUUAUGUUUUGGGCUCGAGGGCGUCGGCGUAAUUCUUUCCUCAAUUUUGUGGCAGUUGUGCGAGAGAAACUGUGAUACUUUCUGUGAUACUAUUCAACAACUCAUUUCGAUGCAAUAUUUUGAGCUCUUUCAGUUACAGGCGAAUCACUAGGGUUUUACAGAGGUGAAAUUUACAUUUGUUGGGUGCGGGAAAUUUACUGGGGACCCAAUUAUUGAGGAAAGACUUAUGGGACUUGGUCGAGGCGGAAUACUUUAUUUAUCUUUAUUUUCAUUCAUUUUUAUUCUAUCUUAUAAAUAAAAUUGUAGGCAUAGUUCCAUUUUAUUGAUUCUGUUUACAGUGGCAUUUUAUAGAAAAUAUCGUGUUGAUUCUUUUUGUGAAAACUUCAAUUUUAUGUACUUUCUUUCAUCAUGUAUACUAAAAAAGUAUGAUAAUAAAAUAAUUAUAAGGAAA